CUGACUGCGUCGGUUUGGAAGAACGUGCGACACUCCACGUGAUUGCGAAAAUGGCGGCGCUACAAGGUCCAGAAAUUCAAUUUGCACAAAAGUUAGCGUCAAACGAAAAACCUAUCCGAACAAAAGCAUUGAAAAAGUUGAGAAAAUAUAUAGGUGUCAGAUCACAGAAAGCGGCUGGUGGGUUUACAAGUGAAGAGCUGCUAAAGCUAUGGAAGGGUCUCUUCUAUUGCUUGUGGAUGCAGGACAAACCGCUUUUACAGGAGGAGCUUUCAAACACAAUUUCCACACUGAUUCACAGCUUUCACGAUACCAACGGACAAAUAUUAUUUAUAGAGAGCUCCCUCAAGACCUUCAAAAGAGAGUGGACUGGUAUCGACAGACUACGAAUGGAUAAGUUUUUCCAGCUGGUCCGCUUCAUGUUCAGGCAAAGCUUUGAGAUGCUGAAGAAUAAAGAAUGGGAGAGCAGCGUGGUUGCACAAUUUCUAGAUGUGUUUGCUACAGAGCUCCUGAUUGCUGGAAAUGAUGCACCCACUGGUCUGCAACUCCAUAUCUUGGACCUCUACUUGACUGAACUGGCAGCUGUGGGUUCAGCGGAGCUUACUGCUGACCAGAACCUACAACUGAUAGAACCAUUCUUCAAAACGGCAGCCAAAACCAAGGAUCGGACUCUUUUCCGAGCGAUCUGCAUCAACAUCUUCAGCACGAUUAUUGACCAGGCUCCCUUAGCCAUUGAGGAUCUGAUGAGAGAGCUGAAUGAAAAUGUGUCUUCUGAUUCAGGCCAGUCCUCUGAAGGGGAAGAGGAGGAGAACCCAGUUAAGAAGAUUAAUGGUAGCAAAUCAAGCAAAAAAGGUCGUAAACUUCAGUCAGGAGAAUCUGACAAGGAAUUACCCGUUGAUGACGACGCGAUACCAGUUUUACAGUUUGAUUAUAAAGCAGUAGCAGACAAGCUGUUCGAGGUGGCAAGUCAAGGUAACGUACCCAGCCUGAAUAGACGGAGGAUCUACAAAAUCACAAGAGUGCUUCUGAAUCUGAGUGAAGGCAUCUUCCCGCAAGUUCGCCGUCCAGAAGAAGUCUCUUCAGAUGAGGAUGAUGAGUUUGACAGCAGAAAGAGGAAGAAGAGGCAACUAGCAACUAGCAAUCGAAAGAAAAAAAUGAAACUCAAGGGAGUUAGUGACUCUGGUAAAGAUGACGUGAAGGCAACAGACGGGAUUGUAAAAAAUACCAAAAAGCCAAAAAAGAAGAAAAAGAAGGCAAGGCUUGAUGGGAAUGCCAACGUGUCUGAUGUGGUCGAUACUCAAGUUACAAAUCAGAAUGGGUUGCCUGGUAAGGCAAAAAAACAGACCUCUGUUACGGCCUCAGAAGAAGUGAGCCAGCCUAAUUCUUGUAUAACUAACAAUAAAUCGAAAAAGAAAAAAAAGAAACAAGCUGUAGAUGUUAAACUAGAAGAAGUAGGGAAUAGUAAGACGUGCACUACACAGGAGGUUAACACAAUUGUAGAAACAGCAGAGUGUGCGAGCACCUCAGAAACCAGUGUUCAGCUUAAGUCAAAAGUUGACAAAACGGGACCUCAAACUACCGCCGAGGUCACAUCGAAUGAACCUGGAACUCAAGCCUUAAAUUCCCCCAAGACAAAUAAGAAGCGUCGGAAGGCUAAGAAAGUUGAGUUGCCUCCUUCGUCACAGCAAACCCAGUUAGAUUCUCCAUCAGUCCCUUGUGAUACUUCUGCUGAUGUUGCCACGGAGUUCAAACCUGAAAAUAUAACUGAUGCUACACCCUUGACUAAAAAGAGUAAAAAAGGUAAAAAUAAGAUCACCCUUACAAGUCCAAGUACUACUAGUGAAAGUGAACCUACAUUUGAUCAUCACGUGGUAACACCACUUAAGAAGAAUAAACAAAAGUCAGCACAAGUGAAAGAGGUUUGCAGAUUGGAAGAACCCAAGGUGUGUGAUGAGGCAUCCUCUUCCUCAGGGAAGCCAAAUAAGAGGAAAAGAAAAAUACCCGUCACGUUUGAGUAUGAGGCUGAUGAGCAUGAGUCUUCCCCAGCCAUCAAUGAAACUGCAGACACAACAUCAAGUGUUAAGAAGAUAAAAAAAGCGUGUGGUUCAUCUACACCAAAAGCCAAGCCAAAGUUGGAGAACACAUCGUCAUGUGACUUGGUAAGAUUUCAGAGAAAGGCCAAAGUUCCUACACCACUCUUCUUCAGAGCAAAUUCAGGAAGUUGCAAAACCACAUUCGUGGGCAAUGAGAUGGGCCAAACUCCAACAUCAGACAGCAAGAAGGUGACCUUCCAGCUAAAGAGUAAUAAAACAGCUGAAUUCAGGAAGAAUGAUCGCAGCCUGUUACUUAGUCCAGAGGGUCCAUCAAAAGUGCCUUUUGACCCAAAACAAAAGCCCAAAUCCGGGGUCCUAAAGUCUUCUCCUACGCCGCUCUUCACCCGCAUCAAGAAGACUCCCACGGCUGGCAGGAAAAAGGGUUCGAGAACUCCAAAAAGCACACCUGGAAGACGUCCAACUGCGGCAGACUUUUUUUGAAAUUGUACACUUGAUUACAUUAGAUACAAUGUAAAUGUCUUAUUUUAUCAAACUUAAAACUUGAGACCCCCUUUACAUUAGAUGAAGAGGUAUUUUUGAUUUUUUUUUUUUUCCCCUCUGUAUGUCAGUGGAUCAGCCGGUCCACAUUAUUUUAGUCUGCAUCAUUGUUCCUUGUUCCAAGGACUGUACAACUCUGUUCCAUUGUUACACAUUAUAGUGCUGAAUGGAAAUCACAUAUAUCAGAUUAUAAUUUUUCAAUUCAUUUUAUUUUAUUUUUUUUUAGAAAUCACCAUGUUUGAGCUUUUAAUAUUACGAUGACAAAAUGGGAAACUUUUCUACACUUACCAAUGAGUGAUUUAACAUCUUACCUACGCGGGGGUCAUAUUGUACAACUCACUGAAAACAGUCGGGCUUUAUUCCGAAGACUGGCCGGGAAGAUGCCUGUUGGUCGGAAGAAUGAGUAUUUUAUAAGUGAUGGGUCAACAAACGGCCUUAUAAUUAAGAUCUAUCCAUCGUAAAUCAGUUUUAAGGGCACGGGAAAUUUUUCUAUUCAGUUUGUUGUACUGACAUAUUUUGUGGGAAAAAAACAUUAAAGCAACCCUGUCACAUCCAUGAAAAAGAUUGUCUGGCAUGAAAUUUGUUACGCUUCGUAAAAGAAUGAUUUCCCAUGGACCAACUGCUAUAUUUACAUCUCUGACUGUAUGUGUACUAUUCAUUUUUUAAUCCCCUGAUGAAUGUCCGUGCAUCAAUAAGCAAACUUCAGCAUUCACUAGUGUAUCAAUUGCUUCUUACGCCGUUGUUUCCAUGCUUAUAUCUGGGCACCUGUGAUGAUGUUAGGUUUUUGCUGUGGCCAUGCACAAGUUAAGCUCGAAGUUGACCUACUCUGCUUGAUUUGAACCUUUUCAGAUCGUCUGUUUUAAACCAGAAUUUUCCUAGAUUUCAAAUUCAGGGGAAGUCACCUCCGAAUUUUUAGAAUUGGACUUGAUCUCUGAAUUUGCAUUUGAAUUUGAAACUGGAGUCUGCUCAGCUGUCAAUAAAAUAUUAUUUUUCUUUU